AUGCAUCUUACUUUUGCACAGUCCAUCCUUUCUUCUCCAAGAAUCGAGGUGUGGCCGCUGAACCAGAAGCAUUUGGAGCCCCAGCCCUCAAAAAAGGUCGCUACCUUCGAUUUGGACGGCACUGUUAUCGCGUCGCUGUCGUUCAAAGCUCCCAAGCUGGAAUGGCGCUGGUGGCAUGCCUGUGUUCCUGUAAAACUUAGGCAGGCUGUUACAGAAGGAUAUUCGGUGGUCUUGAUAACGAACCAGAAUGGGCUGAAGUCAGAGAAGCAAAUUCGGGAGUGGAAGCAGAAGAUUGCGUUGAUUGCUGCGAACAUUCCCGAUGUACCGUUUCGUAUUCUCGCCGCCGUUGCAAAGGACAACUACCGCAAACCGAUGAUUGGGAUGUGGCAGGCAAUUGAGGCGGUUUUGGAGACGGACGUGCUCAAAAUUGACAAGUCUGCUUCCUUUUUCGUCGGAGACUUCGCAGGACGGACAUACCCUGGCACUGAUAGGAAGAAAGACCAUGCUGGAACGGAUCGUAAAUGGGCCUUGAAUGUCGGUAUUCCGUUUCUAACUCCAGAGGAAUACUUUCUUGGGGAGGAGCCCCAUGCUAGCUGGGAGCUGACUGGUUUUCACCCUUCGUCCCUUCGCUCUUUGCCGCUUUUCACGCCAAAUUCUUCGCCUCUCCUGCCGCCAAAACCACUUCAAGAACUCGUUCUUUUUGUAGGGUAUCCGUGCCUCGGAAAAACGACUCUAUUCCGCACACACUUCCAAGAUCAAGGCUAUCUUCAUGUUAAUCAAGAUACCCUCAAGACUCGAGAGAAAUGCGUCAAGACUGUUGCGGAGGCUCUUGAAGCAGGACAGAAAUGUGUCGUUGACAAUACCAACCGUGAUGUUUCGACCCGACGGUUCUACCUGGAUGUCGCGAAAAAGUACCAUGUUCCAGUCCGCUGUAUGGUUUUCACAGGUUCCUUUGAACUCGCAUGGCACAACAACAUCUAUCGCGCAUACUAUUUGCCCAAAUCUGUCGCAGAACGAGAGCCCGUUCGAGAACUGCUACCAAUUAGUGCAUUCACGUCCUUCAGAGACGCGCACGAAGAGCCUGAGUUGGAGGAAGGGUUCACUCAGAUCAAGAAAAUUAAUUGGGUGUGGACGGGCACAGAGGAGGAUCGUAAAGUAUGGGAGAUGUGGCUUCAAUUUGAUGAUAAAAGAUAA